GAAUGUUAUAGGGGCGGGACCAAGGCGAGGAAAAGAGUGGGUGUUGUGGCCUUUCUGGGUUGCUUGCCCCGAGAAGGGCAGUAUUUUGAAUAUCAUGUCUGGAAGCUUUUACUUCGUAAUUGUGGGCCAUCAUGAUAAUCCAGUGUUUGAAAUGGAAUUUCUGCCAGCUGGUAAAGUAGAGUCUAAGGAUGACCAUCGCCAUCUCAAUCAGUUCAUAGCUCAUGCUGCCCUUGAUCUAGUAGAUGAGAAUAUGUGGCUGUCUAAUAAUAUGUAUCUGAAGACUGUGGACAAAUUUAACGAAUGGUUUGUUUCCGCUUUUGUCACUGCAGGACAUAUGAGAUUUAUAAUGCUUCAUGAUGUCAGGCAAGAAGAUGGAAUCAAAAACUUCUUUAGUGAUGUGUACGACUUGUAUAUAAAGUUUGCAAUGAAUCCAUUUUAUGAACCCAAUUCUGCCAUUCGAUCAACUGCAUUUGACAGAAAAGUUCAAUUUCUUGGGAAGAAGCAUCUCUUAAGUUGAACAGUAACAAAUCUACAUAGCUUGACUCUUUUUCCUGAACACGUGGAGACCAACCUGCUAUUCUCAAGAAGUUUAAAAACAGCGAAGUUGAGAGAACAGGAACACAGCUUCAAGAAUUCAGACAGCUUCAAGAGUUCAGACAUUACUAAUUAACUGUAACUGAAUCAAUUCAAAUGUGUAAUAUUGUACUUCUGUCAAAACAUUAAUAUAGCUAGCUAGCUUCCUCCUUUAGAAAUUCGUUAUCUACAACCAGAGCUUAGAGAUUUUUGUGGUUAUUGGGAAGUGCUACUGUGAGAAAAUCUAAUUCUAUCCCUUAAGGCUUCAGUUGAGAUUUGUCAGUAUUAAGACUAACUAGGUUUCAGAACCUUACUUGGGAACGGGUGUGUGUGUGUGUGUGUGUGACAAAAAUGCAGCUAUUAACUUGGAAACAAGCCUCUCACGAGUUGGUUAAAACAGUUGAUUCCAAAGAAAUUCUUGUAACAUCACACAGGCCUGAAAGCCAAUGUCAUAAUUACCACGAAGGGCAAACGGCUAUUAAGAGAAAGCAUAAGGUAUCCUUUUAAGCCUUGUGUAUGAAAAUACCUUUAUGUAGUAAUGUGCUUAGGUUACCUUUAAACUCUAGAGCUGCUUAAUUUAACCUCAAAGUCAAUUUUCUUUCACUAUGCCAAGUCUAAGACGUAACAUGGUCACGAUAACAAGUGAGUUAAAUAUUUGCAGACUCCAUUGAUUUCUAGUAUGGUUGAGGCUAAGGGUGCAGUUCUAAAUACAGUCAUCUCACUGCUUUGAGGCAUCAUAAACAGCCUUAGGCUUGUAUCCAUCAGAAUUUCCAUAGACAGAAGGAUUGCUGCUUGCAAAUCUGACACCUGCCUCUACCCUGCUACAGCCCAAAAUGUCCUCUGAAAGACAGGGGGGAAAUACAUUCCAUAGGUGAAAAUCUUUCUGCCUGUGAAGGCAGUGGAGGCAAGGCUGUAACUGCAAAGACUAAAGAAAGGCCAAAAUAGCUAAGCAGAAUUUGGCUAAAACAGUACAUUAAAGAAACUGUUUAUACUGUUUAUGUAGAACUUAAGCAUGUUCUUCAGUUCAACAGUACUUCAUUCUCUCUUUUAAGCUGUGGUAUUUCAUUGUAUAAACACAUUGGUCAGAAUGACAAAACAUGCAUUUGUUGUAAGGAGGUUACAUUGACAUUCCCAAAUAAAAAUGUUAUAGCGUGA